AUGAGUAGUCCUGCUCUGCAACAAACAAGGCGUAGCCCUCGAACGCUGAGAGAUCUUCUCAGUGAGAGUUCAAUUUCUUCUCCUUCUCCUUCCAGUGGGUUCAAACAGAUUCCACGGAAUCCGAUUCGCUCCACCACCAUGCGCAGCCUCAUCGAAAUGGACCUCAACAACUCAUCCUCCAGGAAUUCAAAUCGAAGGAUUCUGAAUUCCCUCCUAAACGCCCUUGUCAAGAGGUUCUCCACUUUGGCAGUGAAGUCUCCUUCGAUUUUGCCUCGGAGUGUCUCGCGUAAGCUUUCGAGGAAAAGCAAUUCCAGGAAUUGCAGGGGAUCGGCGGAAGUCAAAGUGCCCCUCAGAAUCAAGGAUAUCGUGCGGUGGAAAUCAUUCGGGGACAGGGAAGAGGAGCAACAUCAACCGUUGGAUUUCUCAUCCGCCUCCAGUUCCUCUAGUAGCAGCAAAGGCUCCAGUUGGAGUGACAGUGAUUUCUCUUCGUGCGACUGUAGUUUUGCGGAGUGUCCUCGAAACGACGUCGUUGAAGGGAAAAGAUUCUUGUCCCCGGUCGGCGUGGAUUCAGUGUACGUGACAACAGGAAAUCCAGCUGGGCCCAAGGGAAAUUCAAAAUUAAGAAGGCUAUUUGAAGAAGAAGAACAAAGGAGCCCAGUUUCAGUGCUUGAGACUGAGGAAUAUGAUGAAGAGCACAAUGAUAUUGAUGAUGAAUAUGAAGAAGGAGGAGAUAGAACUGAGAAAAUGGCAUGGAAAUUGCUACAUUUUACCAAAUCAAGUGGUUCAGUUGAAAGGAUUAAAGCUAAUAAUAAUUUGGAGAAACUAUUGUUGGAUUUUUUCAGAGAUGAAGUGGAGAAAAGGAGAGUUGAUGAUGAAAUUAGGAAUAAGGAAGACGAUGAAAACGACGAUGCGUUUGAGUAUGAGAUAUUGAGAAGAACACAGGACUGGAUGAAUGGUUCAUUUGGUGAUGACUUUGAGAACAGUGAUAAGGAUGCUUGUAUUAGAGACAUGGAUGAGAGGGAAGGAUGGAACAAGUUUGAGGAGCAGAGACAAGAAUUAGCUUGUGAUAUUGAGGCUGCUAUUCUAGAAAAUGCGAAAGCUGGAGAGGAGGCUGUUCGGCUUGGGGGUUUUGGACUUUUGGUUUUGGGGGGUUGGGAUUUUAGUGCCUUUGAGUAUGUUCUUGCCUUCUAUGAUCCGGGGAUCCCCUCAGUUAUAGUUGCUUUACCUUUCAGGUUGGUGUUGGUGGUAUUGGUCAGAGUCUUUAGGGGUUGCUGUGGCGUCAAUACUGAUAAUGCUUUUCUUCAUACGGCGGCAAUUGCAUGGGGCCUUGGUUUUUCAGAAACGCUGUACUUGCGGCCAGACGAAUAUAGGAGAAUUGCUGAAACUGGAAAUAAUGAUGAGGAGGACAACGUGUUUGAGCGUGAAAUAUUCACAAGAGCACAAUAA